GGGAGCAGAAGAGAACAGAAAGACCAGAGGACCAGAGAGAGAGUUCAUCUAUAUAGAUUCACUCGAAGGACCCAAUGGAUAAACAGUCAUAACAAAACCAGUCACCACAGCGACAACACAACCAGUCACCACAGCGACAACACAACCAGUCACCACAGCGACAACACAACCAGUCACCACAGCGACAACACAACCAGUCACCACAGCGACAACACAUCCAGUCACCACAGCGACAACACAACCAGUCACCACAGCGACAACACAACCAGUCACCACAGCGACAACACAACCCGUCACCACAGCGACAACACAACCAGUCACCACAGCGACAACACAACCAGUCACCACAGCGACAACACAACCAGUCACCACAGCGACAACACAACCAGUCACCACAGCGACAACACAACCAGUCACCACAGCGACAACACAACCAGUCACCACAAUAGAAACGUAGCAGAAAGGCAGACAGGGUUAAUGCAGGUGUAGCUGUAGCAGCAUCACACUAGGUUGGGGUCACAGGUCACAGACCACAGGGUGUAUAUUUAUUAAGCCAGGGUCAGAGGUCCAAGUUCAAAGAUGAUGACAUCACACGGCAAGCUGAGGAGGGAGAAGGGCGCAGAGUACGACUCCCAGGUCAAAGACCUGCGGGUCCAGCUGAUGGAGCAGAUGAAGGUUCUAGAAGGUCAGGUUGAGGUCAAACAGCAGCAGCUGUCCGACCUCUCCGAGUUCCUGCGUCGUCGUGGCGACAUCGAGGCCGAGUAUGCACGUGCCCUCGACAAACUCACAGAGAGAUUCACACACAAGACCAAGAGGAAGGAGCAGUGGGGGCAGUCGGUGUGUCAGGUGUGGUCAGUGCUGCUGACUCAGACACGUCAGGAGAGCAGAGAACACGCAGCGCUGAGCGACUCCUGCUGCUACACCCUCACCCAGCACCUGGCACACACCGCCGAAGACACACACCGCCUGGCCAAGCGGAGCAGGGAGAUCGGAGUCCAGAUGCAAGAUGAGCUGCUGAAGGUGACCACUGAACUGCAGACGGCUCUGAAGACGUACAACCAGUACCACACAGACAGCCUAUCAGCUGAGGGGAAGCUGAAAGAGGCCGAGCGAUUGGAGGAGAGACAGACUGGCAAAUCAGACCUUGGUCUUGGCCAAUCAGGAGGCCAGAGGCGUAGUUCUGUUAAGAAGAUGGAGCGGCUGAUGGAGAAGAGACAUGGCAGGGUGCAGGAGACCCAGCUGAAGUGCACCAAGGCGCGGAACGACUACCUCCUGAACCUGGCAGCAGCCAACGCUGCCAUGAACAAGUACUACCUUCAGGACAUCAGCGCUCUCAUCGACUGCUGUGACUUGGGGUUCCAUCUCUCGGUGGAGCGGGUGAUGAGGAGCUACCUGGCGGGCAGGGGGCGUGUCCAGCGGGUGGAGGAGGCGGGGCUCCAGCAGCUGGAGGCGGCGGUCUCUGCGCUGGACCAGGGCGGAGACAGAGAUGCGUUGCUACAGCAACACGACACUGCAUUCUGUUUACCCUUUAAGUUCAACUAUCACCCACACGAAGGAGACCAGGUGUGUGAGGUCAGUGCAGAGAGCCAGGUGAGGUAUGAACUGGAAACCAGGUUCCAGCAGCUUCAAUCACGUCUUGCCUCCGUCACCUUGGAAACAGAGGAGGUUAGCAAGACUCUCAAAGCCACACUCAACUCCCUAUUGGACAGUAUGGGUGAGAGUGACGCAAACCCCGCCCCUGACCUAGCAAGCAGCUUAUCACACGAGCCUUCUGGGGCCAGCUCCACCCAGAAACUCACCAUGGCCAAGCGACGAGCCAAUCAGCAGGAGACAGAGAUCUUCUACUUCACGAAAGUGAAGGAGUUCUUCACCAGCAGCUCUCUGUCCUCCAAGCUUCAGGCCAAACACGACCUUCUACAAGAGGCUAUACAGAAAGCUGAAGCUGUGGAUAGUGACCCUUCCAGAGUGCUGUGUGCUCGCUCAGUCAGACAGAGGAAGGCCAGACCUUGUUCCCAGUUCAGCCACACUCUCUUCACAGCCCACAUGCUGUCCUAUAUACAGAGUACUGGUCAGCAGAUCCCUGUGGUGGUUGAGAGCUGUAUCAGGUUCAUAAACCUCCACGGUCUCCAUCAUGAGGGGAUAUUCAGGGUUCCGGGUUCUCAGAGAGAGGUCAACCACAUCAGAGAUGCAUUUGAGCGAGGAGAGGACCCGCUGGACAGUGAGUGUGAUCUGGACUCAGUGGCCGGAGUUUUGAAGCUCUACUUCCGAGGCCUGGAGCCCCCUCUCUUCCCCUACGACAGCUACUGCCCCCUGCUGGAGUGUGUCCAGCUGGACAGCGUGUCUGAGAAGGCGUCCCAGAUCAGGGCGGUGGUCUCCUCCUUCCCCCGGACGCUCCUGGUCGUCAUGAGAUACCUGUUCGCCUUCCUCAACCACGUGACCCAGUACAGCGAUGAGAACAUGAUGCAGUCCUACAACCUGGCAGUGUGCUUCGGGCCUAACCUCCUCCGAGGCCUGGACUCCGGAGACGCCGUCGCCAGGCAACCGCAGGUCAACGACCUGGUGAAGACCAUGAUCGUCCAGCACGACAUCAUCUUCCCCAGCCAAUCAGAGCUGCCAGGGCCCGUGUACGAGAAACACAUGAGCCUGGAGCAGGACUACUGUGAGCCAAUCAAUGAGGAGGGUGAUGGGGAGGCGGAUCCCCUCCACAGUGAGGAUGAGUGUGAGGCGGUGGCCAUGUUUGACUAUGUGGCGAGGUCGCCAGCUGAGCUGUCAUUCAAGCAGGGGGAGCUCCUCCUACUGCACAGCAAGGCCUCUUCUGAUUGGUGGAGAGGGGAGGUGGGAGGGGCCAGGGGGCUCAUCCCACAUAAGUACAUCAGUGUGUUGGACGGAACGGAACGAGGGAGGAGGGAGGAGGGUGGUGGAGGAAGCACUGGAAACCUGACAGUCGAGGAACAACUUACUGAGAACACCACCCGGAUGAGGGUCAACAGUGACAGCGCAUCGUUACCUGGGAGACAGAGGGGGGGAGAGGGAAGCCCACUACUGAAACCCCCCACCUCACCUGCCGCACGCCAACACAUGGGAGCAUCUCAAGAGCGCAGACACACCCUGGACAAUGUCAGACUUGGUAUCAAAGGACCGACAGACAGGCCUGGGCAGACAGACAGGCAGCCUGUGGACAAGGAUGUGCUUAGCAGACAGAUGAACUCGGUCUUUAAGGAGCUCCUCUCUCGACAGCCCCCCCUGCAGCCCCCCCUGCAGCCUGCAGUGCAAGCUUCCACCUCUUCCUCCUCCCUCGCUCCAUCUCUCCCCCCUGCAGCAAAGAAGGGGGGAUUCAGUCUAAGGGGGCGGGCUCUGUUCAGACCAGCAGACCAAUAGGAAGAGAGCGAAUGGAAAGGCGAUGAUGAUGCAUGAAGAUUAUCAUGAUUAUGGAUAAUGAUCAUGAUUAUGCUGAUGAUGAUAAUGAUUUUAAUGAUGAGAAUUUUGAGGAUGAUAAUAAUGAUUUUAAUGAUGAGAAUUUUGAGGAUGAUAAGAAUGAUUUUGAUUAUGAUCAUGAUAAUGAUUUUGACAAUAAUGAUGACAAUGUUGUUCAUGGAGAUGCUUAUGACGAUGUUGAUGUAUUUUUUAUGACCGUGUGAUCAUUCUCUUCGCCCUGUCAUAGUGCCAGUGCUGUUCGUCCGUUUGACAGUUUGUUGUCGUGCUGUUUCACGUUAUGUUAUGUUUGAGCUUUUGUGCAACGGAGAAAAUCAGAAAAACUCAGCUGUGACAUCACCAGAGAGCCAAUAGAGAGAGAGACAUUCCACAGUUAGAAUUACGUCUCUAUGGUAACAACAUUCCCUCCCCGACCCCCAGUUUCCCGCCAAAAUAGUACAAACGUGCGUGUGCUGUCCAGCUCACGGCCUCCCCAGCAGAGGGGGAGGAGCUUCUCAGGGUUAGUUAGAGUAAGGCUGAGCCAUGGGGAUCUCAGGGCUGGGUUGACUCACUUCUCAACUCUGAAACUGGAAACUGACCCCAGCCUCCGAGCCAAAAUGGCCUCCGUCGUCAGUAGAGUAGGUUUUUACAGGGGGCUGGAUUUAAGCUGUGAUUGACAGGCGUCAUUUUGACUUUACAGACUCAGGUCUCGCCCGAGAAUCAGCAUCUGAAGGAUGAGACAUGCUUGUUGAUUACCCAUGAGCCUUUGUGUCUGUUGUGGAAACUCAUGGGUACUUAAUGGGGCCAGCUUGGGCUAACUGAAUCCAUUACUGUGCAUUCAUAGUGUAUAAUUUCACUCGUUUUACAGUAUUUUCAUUUUAAUGAAAUGUGUGACAGCUUGGUUUUAGGAAAGUUUUGUUUGUUUCGAGGAGCGACAGUUAGCUACCAUUAGCCUUUCGCUAAUUUAGGGCUCUGUUGCUAUGGGUUACAAGCCCGGCUGGUCCCAUGAGGUCUGAACUUGGCGUUGCGAUGAGGUCGCUGUCUCAGCCUUGACGUGUUCACCCUGGGGCAAGCCUUUGGUCUGGAGCACCUUCUCUAGUUACUAUGGUAGGACCUCCUCUAUCCCCUGGUCCCUGUUAAAUGAUGUCACUGAUUACUGUGUUACAAUGUGUCUGUGGUUACAAAAAAAGAAUUGAAUAAAAUAAUAAAUUAAUGAUAUGGA